AUGGCACCAUCACGAACACAGACAGAUCUCAAGAAGCUUGCCUCUGCCAGAAAAACAUCAGGUGGCAUCCAAAAGAGUCGUGGCUUCGUCAUUCCAAAUGGUCGAGGAACACUUAGCGAGAAGACACAAAGACGAAGAAUCAACCAGUCCAGUAUGUUUCUGACAGAUUCGUAAAGGUGCCAAAAUAUUAAUUGGUACAGUUCUUGCUCGUCGCCUCCAAAGCUCUCUUUCUCUCCCAGAUAACGAAGGCGUUGCCCCCGACACUGGCGCGACAAAAUUAUACGUGCUGAGACCCAAGAAAGCAGAAAAUUCAGAUGUCAAUACGGAGAUUCAGAUUCUUGACACUGUGGAGAAGAAGCCCAAGGACUUGAACCAUCAACCUGAAAAGCCAAAAGACUGCGCGCCUGAAUUGAAGAAAGAAGUCACCCCAGAUGUCUUGACAGUAGUCCAAUCCCUCGAUCUUCUCAAGCAAGAACCCAAUGACAAGAUCAAAGAAGAAUUCCUCGAACCCCCCAUUGUCAAGAAGGAAUCCAAGUCCAAGGCCCGGCCAAAGAGAGACACCAACGAAACAUUCAGAGGAAGGAUCACGAAAAAGGCACCAGAGCCUAAAACGGGAACGAAAGGAAGACCUACAACGACGAUGAAGUUCAGGAGCUUGGAAAUCGAGGAAGCCAUGUAUGAUCUUGCAUUCACGAAGUGCCAGGGUAAUAUCCAAGGUACAUACUUCUCCUUUUUCCUUUAGGAAGAAUCCGAUAUUGACGUUUUGCAGCGGCCAUCGACGCAGCCCUUUCGUGUGCUCAUCAUGCUGGUCGAAAGACUAUCAACUUACAAGACGCUAGGAUGGCGAGAUACAUGGUCAAUUAUUGGUAA